AUGUCGGAAUGCCUGGACAAAGAGAACCACCCUCGCUUGGAGGAGAGGAUGGGCGAUUUCAGCGCUGAGCCUUUCGUCCUGUCGCAGCGUGACGAACGCUGCCAGCUGCCGUCGAAGUGGGUGCCCCUGCGCCUCACCGAGGUGCGAGGCCUUUGCGGCUGCGACCGCAAGGCCACGAGUGCUCGUGCGGAAGCGGCGGAAGCACGAAGCAGCUUUCCGAAGCCGAAGGAGCUGCCCCCGCGCUUGCGCGAGGUCAGACAAGCCUACCAGCUGGACACCGAUUUCUCGAAGACUCCGCAGGCUCGACCUUCCAGUGGCCUCCGGCGGCAGCUGGGGCUCCUGGACAAAUUGCAAUUCGAUCGAAGUGCUCUUUGGUGCCCAGUGGCCCCGAGUCUGACCGUGCAAAAGCGCGGGCACGGCUUAGGUUCAGUGCCGCAGUGCUCAAACAACCAAUGUAACCCACGAGCUACAAUGGGUUUGCUUCUAAAGAUCACCAAAGUAGUCGAGGACUCAGACUGGACUCGACAGACGGCCCGCCACCUGACCCCACCGGAGGUGCACGACUGCUUGGAAUCCCAGGGGUUGCUGCGACCGGUGUCGCCGCCAAAGCUUUUUGCGACGUCGAACGUCGUCACGAUGCCUUCGCCUUUGGCCGAAGUGUCCUUGGAGAAGAGCUCACUGCCACACUACUUGAGCUCUGAGCAAGCCCUGCAGGAGUAUUUGGAGUCGGCGGGUGUGAACACCAGCAAAUUCGGCAAGGGCAACGCCAAGCCGCUGGCGUGGCUCUACCAUGAGCUGAAGGAAGGCACCUGCUACUUGGAAUCGCCCUCCCUCGCGUCCCCCACCUCCGCGCCCGGCGCGCCCCGGUCUGAGCGCCGCAGCAGCCCACUGCGCGUGGUGGAACCGAUCUUCAUUCGUCUUCGCUUUCGUGGACGUGUCCUGGUGCAGGAGAAGCAGCAGUUCCCUGAUGGUCGCUUCCGCGUGCGGAACAUGUUGUUGGCGGAAAAGAAGGAACCUCGGGACUCGGGGGGCAUUCUGAGCACCAUCCACCGCGCCAUCCACGAAGAGCUGGGCGUGCCACUGGAGGACCUGGGUCGAGAGGACGUGAUGCAAUACCGCCCUGACACCUACCACUUCGAGAUUGAACACAUCGACUCGCCAUCCUAUCCAGGAUUGGCAUCUGCCUACCGCACACAUCACGUUCAGGUGGAUAUUCUUGAGACAGGCCUCGACAGCUUCAUGCACUGUGGUCUUCCGGAGUUCUCGGACUUCGUGACGCGGGAGAAGACCUCCCACGGCGAGAUCACGCUCUUCUGGCGCUGGGACGACGUGGCCACCGCCCUGAAGCGCGAGGCGAGGGUUGGGGCGCGAGGCGAGCGCAGUCGCGGUUCGUGGGUUCGCAGUUCGUGGCCUGAAGGGGAGGGGGUGCCAGAGGUGGGUGAAGGAAGGAAGGGACGCGAGGGGUCAUUAAGGGUUUUGGUGCAAGUCUUGGUGGGCGGCUACGGCGAGCUACGGCCGGACUCUGGUUUCCGAGUCAAUGGCUUGGAGGCUGUUUUUGGAUUCCAGUGGUCCUCUUCAGGAUUGGCAGAGUUCCCCAUGAAACAACCAUGA